CGAGCCGGAGCUGGACUUGGACUUUCUCUGGUUACUUGGGUCCAGCGCGGCGUCGCUUCCGCUUUUCUCUCUCGCCCCUGUGGCGUUGCCUGCCGGACCAUGGCCCCCGAGCUGUACCACAAGGAGUUUGCCAACGCUGGCCAGAAGAGUGGCCUGCAGAUCUGGAGGAUCGAGAAGAUGGACCUGGUGCCGGUGCCUGAGAACUUGUACGGCAAUUUCUACGUGGGGGAUGCGUACCUGGUGCUCCACACCCAGAAGAAGAGCAACGCCACCUUCUACAAGCUGCACUACUGGCUAGGAAAAGAAUGCAGCCAGGAUGAAAGCACAGCUGCGGCAAUCUUCACUGUUCAGAUGGAUGACUAUCUAGGUGGGAAACCUGUGCAGAGUAGAGAAAUUCAAGGACACGAGUCUACUGACUUCGUUGGAUAUUUCAAAGGAGGGAUUAAAUACAAGGCAGGUGGUGUUGCAUCUGGAUUUAAACAUGUAGUCACUAACGACUUGAGUGCACAGAGGCUUCUGCAUCUUAAGGGCCGGAGGGUAGUGAGAGCUACAGAAGUUCCUCUCAGCUGGGCCAGUUUCAACAAAGGAGACUGUUUCAUUGUUGAUCUCGGAACUGAAAUCUACCAGUGGUGUGGCUCAACAUGCAAUAAAUUUGAGCGUCUGAAGGCUUCUCAAGUUGCUGUUGGCAUUCGGGACAAUGAGAGGAAUGGAAGAUCUCAGCUAAUUGUUGUAGAAGAAGGAAGUGAGCCAAGAGAACUUACAAAGGUUUUAGGGACUAAGCCACUGCUUCCUGAGGGUAAUGAUAAUGAUGAUGAGGCAGCUGAUAUCACAAACAGGAGAAUUGCUAAACUAUACAUGGUGUCAGAUGCAAGUGGGUCCAUGAAGGUGUUGGUGGUUGCAGAGGAAAACCCCUUCUCUAGGGCUAUGCUUUUGUCUGAAGAGUGUUUCAUUUUGGACCAUGGUGCUGCAGGAAAGAUCUUUGUGUGGAAAGGCAAAGAUGCUAACCCACGUGAGAGAAAGGCAGCCAUGAAGACUGCCGAAGAAUUCAUACAACAAAUGAACUACCCUGCUAAUACCCAGAUUCAAGUGCUUCCAGAAGGAGGGGAAACUCCAAUCUUCAAACAGUUCUUCAGAGACUGGAAGGAUAAAUAUCAAAGCGAAGGCUUUGGGAAAGUCUAUGUCACUGAGAGAGUGGCUAGAAUUGAGCAGAUUGAAUUUGAUGCUACCAAGUUACAUGAAUCUCCACAAAUGGCUGCCCAACACAAUAUGGUUGAUGAUGGUUCAGGGAAAGUGGAGGUCUGGCGUGUUGAAAGUAAUGGCAGAAUCCCUGUGGAGUCUGAGACAUACGGAGAAUUUUUUGGUGGUGACUGUUACAUUAUACUUUAUACUUAUCCUAAAGGACAGAUCAUCUACACAUGGCAAGGCGCGCAUGCAACAAAAGAUGAGCUGACUGCAUCUGCAUUCCUGACUGUUCAGCUUGAUCGGUCACUAAAUGGACAGGCUGUCCAGAUCCGGGUCUCCCAAGGAAAAGAACCUGCACAUUUGCUGAGUUUGUUCAAAGACAAACCACUCAUUGUCUACAAGGAUGGAACAUCCAAGAAAGGAGGUCAGAAACCUGCUCCCCCCACACGUCUCUUUCAAAUUCGCAGGAACCUGGCGUCCAUCACCAGAAUUGUGGAGGUUGAUGUUGAUGCAACUUCAUUGAACUCCAAUGAUGUUUUUGUUUUGAAACUGCCAACGAAUUCCGGGUACACCUGGGUCGGAAAAGGAGCAAGCAGAGAAGAGGAAAAAGGAGCUCAAUAUGUAGCCAGCAUUCUGAAAUGUCAGACCACUAGGAUUGAGGAAAGCCAGGAACCAGAGGAAUUCUGGAGAGCCCUUGGAGGUAAGAAAAAAUACCAGACUUCAGUACAGCUGCUAACUGAGUCUGAAGACCACCCGCCUCGUCUCUAUGGCUGUUCCAAUAAGACUGGCAGGUUUAUUAUUGAGGAGGUCCCAGGAGAAUUCACUCAGGAUGAUUUAGCUGAAGAUGAUGUCAUGUUGUUAGAUACUUGGGAGCAGGUGUUUGUCUGGAUUGGUAAAGAUGCUAAUGAAACUGAGCGAAAUGAAUCUGUGAAAUCUGCCAAACGCUAUAUUGAGACAGAUCCUUCUGGAAGAGACAAGGGGACCCCACUUGUUAUUGUGAAGCAAGGAUAUGAACCCCCUACAUUCACAGGCUGGUUCCUGGGCUGGGAUUACAACAAAUGGAAAAACUGAUCUAUUGGUGAAGGCCUCUGCUACAAACAGAAUUCAGUCAGAGCACAACUAUUCUCUAGCAUUCUUAAGCAUUAGCUUGUAAAAACAUAUUGAUGCAGCAGUUGUCACCCAUUCCGCAGCGUUCGUAUAUUCCUCUGAGUAAACUAGUAUGUCUUAGCUUUGGAAAGGCUAAAUAAGAUGAUAAAGUAGUAACAUAACUUCUUGGUGGCGGGUUGGGUUUUUUACACAGCAUCUAUGUGGAGUGAUACUAUUGGUUUAGUUCUAAAAUGCCUUUUUCUAAACAAAAACUGUAGAUCAGUUACACAUUAAUAUACAAUUUACUAGCUAACAUUCAUCAGUGGGUCAAAUUCUGCUUUUUACACCAGCAUAAGUGACAGCAGAACUUGGCCCACCCAGGACCCAUUGAAGUUGAGGGGAAAGAAUCCCAGCAGCAGGAUUGGGCCCUAAUUUACCUAAAGUAUCAAAAUCCUGCAGUCCUUACUAGUACAAAAUUUCCAUUGCAGUCUGAAUCAGGAGUGGGAGCUCUGUCCUGCAGGGUGCGGAUCAGGAUUCCGAGAGAGCCAAUGUGAAAAUGGUACUUUGUUACAUGUGGUUCAGGAAAUGGAUAUAAUCUGAGUGGAGGAGAUGCUGUAGGCUUGAAUGAAUGUGAACAUAUAUCAUCAUGAGGCCCGGCAAAGUUGGCUGUGACAGACACUGUUUCUAUAGAGCCCUCAGACACAUACUGGCUGCAUGUUAUCCCUGUUCUCAGAUUCCUCGACUCAGGGUGGGCAAACUUUUUGGCCUGAGGGCCACAUUGGGGUUCAGAAACUGUAUGGAGGGCCAGGUAGGGAAG